AUGGUAGAUUCGAUCCAACGUAUCACUUCGGCGCUGCAAUCGGCCAGAGACCUCACUUUAGGGGCAGCAGCAGUUGCCAGUUCGAGGAUUGGAGAAUCAUCAUACACACAGUACUCGAAAUCGAUCGAUCCAGAUGCAUUGAUACGCCUUUUGAACUCGAGAAACUCGCGCGAAGUGAAGGAUGCAAUGAAAAGAAUCAUGUCAUUAUUGGCGACGAAUGACCAGACGAUGGAAUUGAGGGGGUUGUUGGCUGAUGUUUUGAAGAAUAUCACUUCUGAUGAUCUAAAAGUGAAGCGUAUGGUGUGUAUUUACUUGCUGCGAUUCGCGGAAUCGGACCCUAACUUGGCGUUGUUGUCGGUGAACACUAUACAAAAGAGUCUUGUUGAGAGGGACCCAGAGGCGAAAGCGCUUGCAUUGAAGGCGUUAUCGGACAUAAAUGUGUCGUCACUCUACCCUAUAACGCUGCAAUCGGUGAAGAAAUGCGUUUCGGACGUGAGUCCGUUGGUUCGUUCGACUUCGGCUUUCGCCGUGUACAAGCUUUUCCAGGAAUGCGUUGCAGCUUCUUCGAGAAAGGGGGCGACGGCGCAUCACCAGGACGAUGGUGUGGCAGAUAUGAGGAAGAAUGAGCUUGUGUCAUUGAUUGUGGACUUGUUGGCCGAUGCGGACCCGCUCGUUAUAUCCAGUGCUAUCAUUGUGCUUCACAACUGCAUCCCAGAUAGAUUAGAUCUUUUGCAUGGCCACUUCCGCAGAUAUUGCCAGGCUUUGACGUCCUUGUCCCACUGGGCACAACCAUUAUUGGUGGAGAGCCUUAUCCAAUAUUCAAGACGGUAUAUUGAAAGGCCCAAAUACGUUAACAAAAAUGAUCAAAGCGAGAUCCCGGUCCCCUUCAACCAAGAUGAAGACGAAACUCUGGGCCCUGAAUUUUUCAAGGAUCACGAGCUUGUAAUGGAUCCCGAUUUAGAGCUUUUCCUAAACUCGUUGAGACCCUUGCUCUUUUCGUCAAAUGCUGCCGUAGUGGCAAGUGUAGCCAAGGCCGUUUUCCAUUUGGCGCCCCUUUCCAAGUUUAGAGAAUUUGGCAUACCGCAGUGUCUCAUCAAGAGCUUCCAAUUGAGCUCCAAUGAGAAUAAAUGCGUGAUAUUACAAGUUAUAGCAUAUUACUCGGUGUACGAUCCCCGCUCUUUCGCUCGCUUAUACCAAAGCUUCCUUCCUGCGAACAACGAUGACUCUCUUGUCGGAUCUUACAAACUUAAGAUUAUUUCCAUUCUAAUCAAUGAGAGCAAUGUCCAAAAUAUCGUGCGUGAAUUGAAACAUCACAUUUCGUCAUCCAGCGAUACAGCAAUAGUAAAACAAGCUCUCAGUACCCUUGUGGUAUGCGCCUACGUUUCAAACGGUAUAUGUUCGCAUGUAAUCAAAUGGUUACUAGAAUUUAUGGAAACUGAUGAAUUGAAGGAUGUAGAAGUGACCAGCGAGCUUGUGAAUGUUCUUCGUCACCUAAUUCAAAUUAAUCCUUCCAAAAACUUGUCAGUUAUGAUAAAACUUUCGGAAAUUAUCACAACAACAGAUAAUCUAUCUGGAUAUGCCAAAGCCGGAAUUAUUUGGCUCUUCGGGGAGUAUCUACACACAGAACCCAGAAUUGUUCCCGAUAUCUUGCGAAAGUUGAUCCCCAACUUUGCAGAAGAAUCAAAGGAAUGUAGGAUGCAAAUCCUUAUAUUAGCGGCAAAGAUACUAUCGUUUGAUAUCGACAAAUCUGAAGGUACUUAUGACUUUGAAAAUUCAAGAAUAGCACAAUUAUAUGAUGCUGUAAUAUAUCUUGCGAAGUUUGAUGAUGAUUUUGAUAUCCGAGACAAAGCCAGAUCAUUCGAUUCUUUAUUCACGAAUCAAAGAUACGAGAUCUUGACGUUGUUGUUACAGGCUCCAAAACCUUGGCCUGCUUUCUCCGUAUUCAGCUAUGAAGAUAAAGCAAAGGACAUUGCGCAUCUCGAUUUAUCACAGGAGGUGGUUAACUCUUUCCAAGCGGAAGAAUGGAAUAAUGAUCGUGAGGAAGAAGUAGAUAGAACACCAGCCCCAGUUAAUGACUUCAUGAAGAAUAAGUCAAGUAUCUCAUCUAGUACAUUCUUUGCCAACAGAUCGAGAAAUACAGAGCCACGAACAAUGGAGUCCCCCUCCUUCAUCAAAUCACCCAGUCCUGACGUCACCACAUUUACUUCUUCUAAGGGUAAAACUUACAAACUACAAAGUUUAGAGGAAUUCUUUGCUGAUGUCCCUGAAAGACCAAAGACAAAGAAGAAGAUUGUUAUUCAAGAAGAAUCGGAAACUGAUUCCGCAGAAGAGUCCGAAGAAUCAGAAGAUGACGACGACGAUGACGAUGAGAGUGAAAAUAGCGAAGAUGAUGAAAAUGAAGACGAUGAAGACGAUGAUGAAGAAGAAGAAGAAGAAGAUGAUGAUGAUAACUCAAAUGAAUCAGAGAGUAGCAAUCAUAUUCUGCUUUCACCAGAUAACUGA